GUUGGCUGGCUUCAAGUCGGUGGAAAGUGCUCUCGGGCCCGAAGGCCAGCUCGAUCUGGGUUAUGGGCUCCCAGUGCCAGGCGGGCCAUGUUGUGCCCGUUUUCUCCAUCUCGGACGAGGUACCUUCCCCACUGGGCCCGUCCGCUUCGCCAAGACCGGCCAUCACAGGCCGUGAUUCUACCUCCCCCGCCGUGGAGAUGGCUAGUAAUCCGACCCAGGGACUGGGGAAAGUGGGUAUCCCGAUGUCUUGGAUCCUGCUGCACGGUAAAUUGAACCCGCACAGGCGGCCAAAUUAAUAGGGGGCUCUUCCCCGGGUUGUUGUUGACUUUUGCUGUCUUCCUCAGCUCUGGUGACCUGUCUCCCAACCCAUCCGGCUUCCCUUGCCUUGCCUCCUCCAGCCUGAGGUCGAGUUGAGAGCAUCACAUCCCAUCGCAGCUCGCCGCGACACACCGGCAACCACCAUGGCAGGAGCAGGUGCUGCCGCCGACAGCGGCAAGUCCGACCCCAUCGUCACCCGGCUUGCCAACGAAGACAAGGUGCCCUUCUACCGGAAGCCGCAUCUGCUCUACCUCUACCUGAUGCUCUUCCCGACAUGCAUGGGAAUCGAGCUGACGUCGGGCUUCGACUCCCAAAUGAUCAAUGCUCUGCAGAUUGUGCCUUGGUGGGUCAAGUUCUUUGGGGACCCCCAGGGAGCUCUCAAGGGAAUCAUUGCGGCCGCAUACUCGCUCGGCGCCAUUCUCUCGCUCCCCUUCGUCCCUAAAAUCAACGAUCGGUUUGGCCGACGGUGGUCCAUUUUCGGCGGCUCCGUCGUCAUGGUGAUCGGCGCGCUCAUCCAAGGCUUCUCGACCCACGUGGGCAUGUACAUCAUUGCUCGCAUGAUUUUGGGCUUCGGCAUCCCGACCUGCAUCGUGUCCGGGUCCUCGCUCAUUGGCGAGCUUGCAUACCCAAAGGAGCGCCCUGUCCUGACAUCGCUCUUCAACGUGUCAUACUUUGUCGGCCAAAUCGUUGCCGCCGCCAUCUGCUUCGGCACCAACAGCAUCGACAGUGACUGGGCCUGGCGUAUUCCCUCGCUCCUCCAGAUUUGCCCGUCAAUUCUUCAGAUGACCUUUGUCUUGUUCCUGCCGGAAAGCCCUCGCUGGCUAAUCACCAAAGAUCGCGGCGAGGAAGCACACCAGAUUCUGCUCAAGUAUCACGGAGAGGGCGAUAAUGCCGUCGAGUUUGUCGAGGCCGAGUUUGCGCAGAUGAAUGCCACAAUCAACCUAGAGCUCGAAAUCUCGAAGCGUUCGUGGAUGGACUUGUUCCAAACCGCGGGAAUGAGACGCCGUCUUCUCAUCACCACCAUGCUCGGCCUCUUCACCCAGUGGUCCGGCAACACGCUCAUCUCGUACUUUUUGGGCGAUCUCCUCAAGAUGAUCGGCAUGGUCGAGUCCACCUCGGUUCAGAAGAUCAACGUCUCCAUCGCUUGCUGGAGUUUGGUGUGCGGCGUGACGGUAUCUCUCCUAGUUCUCAAGAUCCGUCGCCGCGUCAUGUACAUGGCCUGCACCAUCAGCUUGCUCUUGUGCUACAUUUCCUGGACGAUCUCGAUGAAAUACGCCCAGACGGCCUCUAUCGCGAAGGCACCCAACCAAGCCGCAAACAUUGCCGUCCUCUUUUUCAUCUACGCCUACUCUCCAUGCUACAACAUGGGUUACAAUGCCCUGACCUAUACUUACAUGGUCGAGGUUUGGCCCUAUGCCGAGCGGUCCCGUGGCAUUGCCGUGUUCCAGCUGUUCGGCCGUCUUGCGAGCUUCUUCACCACCUUUGUCAACCCCAUCGGCCUCAAAGACGUUGGCUGGAAAUACCUCAUCUCGUACUGCGUCUGGCUCGCUUAUGAGGUUGUUUUCGUCUACUUUUUCUUUCCCGAGACGUUUGGCAGAACGCUCGAAGAGCUGGCUUUUAUGUUCGAGGACAAGGCGCUGGCCGAUCAGGCCGUCGCCGCGGUCCAGAAGGCCAUUCGGCACGAAAAUUUCGACGCCAACGGCCCCGAACACAAGUAUCCGUCCGCCGAGGUCAAGGAAACUGUUGUCUAAAAGUUGUCAGCUCAUGUCUAGUGGGUGAGCUAUAGCAAGUUUGGGUAUCAGAGUUGGAAUUGGGAAACGUCAUCCUCGAGAUGGAUCGUUUGACACUAAGCUUAAUUCCUUAGUUCCAUCUUCUAAAUUGACUUUAAUUAUCGUUGUGUUUGUCCUCUUCUGCCAACUUUGGUUAAUGAUUCCUUCCUGCUUAACUAUUUUUGCGGGCACUGGGCUCGUAGUCAAUGGCCGCGCAGUCAGUGGCCACGCAGUCAAUGGCCGAAGAGGGUGCUCCCUUAUUUGAUGAGUUGUGAAAGAGGCUAUUGGUGCUACAAGUCGUUCAC